AUGGAACAUAUUUCAUCGUACAGUAAGAACAUAUGUGAUUUUCCAGGAGUAAAAGGUAAUGAUGAAAUGAAAAAAGAAAUAAAUAAACUUUAUCAUGAUCAUCGAAAAACAUCAAUAAAUUCAACCAUUAUAUUCAAAGCCAAUAAAACAAGAACAACACCUACACAACAACUUCUAUUAAAAAACAAAAAAUUAUUUUUAUAUGUUGAUGGAGCGAUAAAGGAUAAAAUAUCAAAUAAAAAAAAAAAGAAAGUUCUUGUUGAUUCAACAAGUAAUCGUGAUGAUGAUCAUACAAAAGUUUCAGAAAUAAACUCAAUCAAUAAUAAUCGAAAUAAACAUCAGGGAAGAUCAACUUGUAUGAACAAAAAAGUUGGUAAGUUUGAAAAAGAUAAUAAACUCAGAUAUACUGAAAAUAAAAAUACUAAUACAGUAAAUGAUUCACUUAAUGAACCUGAAAAUGAAGAUGUAUAUUUAUCAAGUAGCGAAGGUGAAAGUGAACAUCCAGAAGAAAAGAACGAAAUCAACGUUUCAAGUGGUGGUAUAAAACGUCGUUUGAUACAUAGGCGAGGAGGAGCGAAGAACUGCGGUACUUUUAUGUUACUCACAAAAGAAGAAGAAGUACAAGACUGUGUGCAAUCUGCAUUGAGUUAUGCUCGUGACCAUGGAACAUUAAUGAGUGGUGUUCAGUUAAAAACAUUAAUGGAUAUCCUAAAUACUGAAAUAACUAAAGAUAGAGCUAAUGCACUUUUGGAAGUUAUAUCUAAAAAUAUCGAAAUCGUUCCGAAUCCUUAUUUCAUAUCACCAAUAUCAAAACGACCUAUUUAUCAAUAUUAUGGUGCAAGAUACGAAUUAGAAGAAGUUGCUCCCAUAAGAUAUAUACCUAUUCCAACAGGAAUAACGAAACAAUAUGCAAAGAAACAAGAUGAAAAGGAAAAUUCAAAUUAUGACGAAAAAAAUGAAAUUGAAGAAGUUGAAAAACAAAAUAAUAUUAGUUUAAUGAAGCAUGAUGAUCAAGGUAAAUGUGAUAUUAACAAAAACAAUCGAAGUCUGGUUACACCUACUUCACUUGAUAAAGAAAAUACUGUUGGUGAUGAAGAAUCAUUAUCACCUAUUAAAUCAAAAUCAAUUGAUAAAAACAAUCAUGGUUCAAUUUUUAAUGAUAAUAAUAAUGCUAAUACUGUUACAACAGAAGAAAAAAUUUCCGAUGCAAAUGUUAAUACAGCAAUUACUUAUACAGAUACCCAUACGAUUGAUUCUACUACAACAGAUGAUGCAAAUAUUGAACCAUUAAAUAAUCAAAUAUCACCUAUUCAAAGUGCACCUACAAGUUCAUCUUUAUCUUUAAAUUUUAGUACCAGUACACCCAAAAAGAAAUUAGCUAAGCAAUCAAAAAAUAAAAAUGUUAUUACUAGUCGUAAAAUAUCAAAAAAGUGUAGUCAACGAAGAUCAAUUUUUCUACGUUCAAAAACAAACAAAAAACAAGAAAAUUUAUCUGGUAUUACACAUAAACGUAAACAAGAUGAUGUACAUAGUUGUUCAACAACAUCAAAUACUUCAUCUAAGAAACAGAAACUUGCUGACGAAGGAAAAAAGCGGCAAAAUCAUGAAUCAUUACCUGAAAACUUAUGA